GUUGCGCCCUCGCAGGCACCCGCUCGCACCGUGCGCGCGCGCCCCUGGUCGGCCUCAGCAUGCCGAGCGCCGCGGCCGCGGACAGCGCAAUGUUUGCCAACGUUCGGGAGCAUGCGAGCCAAGUUGUCUCGGGCGAGAGGACGGCGGUGCAAGGCGCCCGGGAGAUUUCGUACAGGGCGCUUGCGCGCCUGGCGAAAGAGAGCCCCGACACCGGGAUUCCAGUGGGCGAGGAAAACGUGAACCACUACCUUGGUCUGCGCGCCAUGGGGUUCAGCCGCGUCAGGGUUGAUCUGAUCGCGAGGGCGGAGCGAGAUAUGCUCUGCGAUCCGAGGAGUUCGGUGUCGUGGCCGAGCUCGGUGACCCACGACGAGGCGCAGGUCGUCGACGCCGCCAUGGUCUGGGCGACUUGGGGAAAGGGUGUGAUGAAGUGGCGCUCGUCGGUGGGGCGCAGGUGCUCCGUUCCCUCCUGGCUGUUUCCCGUGGGGCUUGAGGACAAGGUCAGGGGUGGCGGGGAGCGGGCCCGCGACGACCGCUCCGACGAGGAGCCCAGCGAGGAGCCCAACGAGACUUUCGAGCCAGGGCCGAAGAGCGCGCUGGCGGCCCCAGUCGGCGCCGACGGCGGCGCGGGCAAGCGCAAACGCUCGUUGUUGCGGGCGGGCAGCACAGGCGAGGCCACCUUGAUGAAGGAUGCGCCCGAGCAGCUUGCGGAGGACACGGAGGAAGCUGGGCCCGCGGUCUCGCCGGGCGACCGGCCGUUCGACCCUUCCGUGCAGCAGUGUGCCCCCCUCGUGUUUGAGUGCCUCUUGCCGUCUGAGUCCUUCGAGAGUUUGGGCCCAGUCGUGAAGCUGACGAAGGAGAUCGCUGGCAAUCGCGAGAGCUUGGUCUUUCGGGCGCGGCGGGCUGCGUUCGCGGCCCCGCAGGGCGCCCCGCCCCCGCUGGCGGGGCUGGGGGCGCCGCAGAAGAAGGUGGGGGAGUUGGGCGUGCAGAGGCGCUCUGACCGGGUCGAGGUCGCCAUCGUGAUCGCGAAGGACUUGCCCCGUGACGUCGAGCUGACGUGCGUCGUGGAGAUGCGGGGCCGAAUCGCGGCGCCGCGGGGCGGGGCGCUGGGGGCUUCGCGGAGCGACUGCGCGGCGGCCGCGGAGCUGCUCGUCGAGCCGGCGUUGGGCGAUGCCCUUGAGGCCGCGGCGCGCCCCGUGGCCGAAAACGUCCUGGCGACGCGCGGCAUGCUCGACGAGUGUCUCCGCGAGAGUCUCGAGAGCGUCGACUUCCAGAUCUUCGCGCAGCUCUCCGCCGUGAAGUUCAUGGUGAUGCCGCGCCCGAACGCCCUGGGGGCCUUGGCCGCGCCGCUCCGGCAGGCCCCCGUUGGCGCGAUCAGGGAACUUGCGAAGGCGACGGGAACUACCGCCUGGAAGAAGUGCGCGGGGGGCACUGGGCCCGCGGUGCAGCGGCUGAGCGCGCUCCCGCAGGCAGCGUCGGCGGGGGGCGCGCCCGCGGCGGCGGGCGCCGAGGGCCGCGCCGAGCCCGGCGCGGCCGCGGACGCAGGGGGCGCCGAACCCAGCGGAGAGAAGGCGAAGGCACCCUCGAUGAAGGCGGGCGACGCCGCCGCCGCGGUGAGCGGCGAGAAGGAUCUCGACGGCAAUCGGGCGCGGAUCAUUGCGCUGCUGAGCCGCCAGGUGAAGGUGCGCGUGCUGGAGGGCGGUGCCAAUG